AUGGAUCAAAACAAAAUUACAAAAUCUAUAAGUGUUUAUGUCCCAAUACCAAAAUCUGAAUCGAAUAAUACUUCAGUCUCUUCUGAAAAAUCAGGAAGUACAAUAUCGAUAGAUAAAAUCUCAUGUUUGAAGAAAUACUGGAAAUGGAUUUUUUUCGGGUGUGUUUUAUUAAUCUUGACUUUUGCUAUUUUGCUUGGAGUUUGGAUUUGUAGAAAUGAAACCAAUGACAUGAGUCAUGAAGAUUGCAACUUUAUUGAUACGAUUAAUGAUGUAAAUGCGACAAAUUUCGAAGAAUCUCCUUGGCUAGUUAGAAUCGUAAUUAACAAUGGCACUCAUGAAAUCUAUGGAUGUGCGGGUUCUAUAAUUAAAGGUACGUGUAAAAGCAAUAAUUUUUUAAUUUUAAAAGCUUGUCUUAGUGACUAUAGAGUUGAAAUUCAUAUCGGAGGAACUUCCGCAAUUGAUUACACAGAUAUGAUUAUAAUUCCGAAAAAUGAAUUAGUCAUCAUAAAAAACCCAGAAUUUGAAAUGUUUAAUUAUGACAAUAUUGCCGAUAUUGGAAUAAUAAAGCUUAAGAAACCACUGACAUUCUCAAAGAACAUUUAUCCAAUAUGUUUACCAACUGCUAGAUCAGAACUUCCUAAAAAUUUAACAAUGAAUGUAUGGACGACUAAUCAAAUUAAUAAUACUGACAAUUCUGAAAUAAAGGUGAAUUUAGUUGGAUCUGAGGAAUGUCAUGACAUCUAUUUAGCUAAAGGAGGUGAAAGAGACCUUAAGUUUUACAAGGAUGGAGUCAAGGACCAAAUUAUUUUCUGUGCUGAUUCUGAUUAUGUCCCAAAAGGUAAUAGUGGCGGAGCUGUUACAGCAAGAAAAGGUAACAAAGCAAUUGCAUAUGGAAUAUUAUCCAUGGGAAGUUCAAAGAAUUUUUCGCUACCUAGUGUGUUUGUUGACAUUCGCGUUCAUCUUGAUUGGAUUUCCAAUUUAAUAAAAAAAAAAUCAUUAAAGUUUAAGUUCUUUGGCUAUGAAAAACAUUUGCAAGUUAAUCAAAUAGCUUAA